UGGUUUUCAACCGGGUAAGGUAGAUCAGUGACGCGCAUGACGCAUUUUUCAUCAUCAUCUUGUCCAUCGUACAUUUAGACAGCAUCGUUAUGUUGCGCGAGCCUUAUUUUGAUCUGCCGAAGACAUAUGGAUAAUGCAUAAUAAUGCGUGCUGGAUCUGCGACACACGAGUUCCCGAAAAGACUAUUUUGGUAUUUACGAAUUGAUAUGGGGAUUUACUGGUCAUCAUGUUCUGCGCGUCGGCGAGGAGAUUCUGCAGAGCUGAAAAUCCAUGAUGCAAUCCCAAUAGAUUGAAAGAUGUUUCAUCAUGGUGAUAAAGAAGGCAAGAAAUCUGCGUUUGGACAUCCUGUCUACGGCCAGAUUGUUCUCUCGAUUAUCCUCUCCCUCUUCCUCCCUUCUUUUGUCACCGCCUUCCCGGUUAACACAAUAGUGGAGCAGUUCUGCAAGGAUCCUGGUGUUCCUGAGCACGGAAUCAGAACUCCAAGCAGCGGUUUGUUCUUUGAAAACUCAGUGGCCAGGUUCGCUUGUGUGGAUGGUUAUAGCUUAAAGGGGCCAGCCAAGAUUAUCUGUGUGCGCUUCCAUAAUGGAUCGGUAGGCUGGAAACCAAGCCUUAAACCAGUGUGCCUUUCAGAAGAUUGUCUUCCUCCAUUCAUCGAGGAUGCUGAUGUCACAAAUAAAACAUACAGGCCUGGCGACAGCCUCAUUAUUAGCUGUCAUGAGGGAUUUCAGAUCCGAUACCCUGACACGGAAACUAUGGAAUCAGUCUGUCAGGCCGAUGGGACAUGGGAUAAUCAGCCAACUUGUCAAGGCUGCCUCCGUCCGCUGAUACCUCCUCACAGUUACAUGAACAUCUCAGAAACAGAGUUCUCUGUGCCUGUUGGAACUGUAGUCCACUACCAGUGUUUUCCUGGUUACAAGUUGGAAGGACCUGAAUUUCUGGAAUGCAUGUAUAACCUCAUCUGGUCAAACACGCCACCCCGGUGCCUUGAUGUUGAGGCAUGCUCUUUACCCCCGAUGAUAAAACAUGGAGAUUACAUGUGCCACCCACAACCAUGUGACCGCUACAUUCAUGGGACGGUCGUAGAAUACUACUGUUAUCCUGGCUACUCUCUAGCGAAUGACUACAAAUACAUCACCUGCCAGUACGGACAAUGGUUUCCACAAAUGCAGUUCUACUGCAUCAAAGAUGAGACAACCUGGCCUGGUUUUCAAGAUUCCCUACUAACCACAUGGAAAGUAGUGGCAUGCACAGCCACUAGUGUGCUGCUAGCCCUUCUUUUAGUGAUCACAGGCAAGACAUUCCACUUGAAAUGCAAAUCCCAGCAAAGUCCAAGUGAAGAGCAAGCUGAGAGCGGAGAUCCAAACAUCUUGGUUAUAGAUGGUGUUGCUGUACCUCUUCCCUCUUAUGAAGAGGCUAUUAGUGGUACCUACUGUCAGCCCCCAAACGAUCAUCCCCCUGCUGGUCUGGGGAGCUCACAGGAUUCAGAAGAACAAAACCCACCUUCAUAUCCCGGGCAUACAGGGAGUCAGAAUGGUGUGCCUUUGGACACCGGUGAGGGUGAGACCUAUGAUAGCAUCUCGGACACAUCAGAAUGUCUUCAAGGCAUACAGCCAUCUUCCUCCCAUGCUGGUGGACUCAAUAACAUAUCUGAGAAAACCAAUGCCAUCACCUCUAUGGAGGAGACCGCCUCCACAAGCCCCAGCAUAGACAUUGCAGAUGAAAUUCCUCUCGUGGAGGAUGGUGAAGUGGACUACUGAUUGUUACCUUUAACUAAAAAUGGGAUACUUGAGAUUGUUUCACUCCACUGUUAGUAAUAUCAUUGUUUAUUUCUGAUUUUGUUCAACAACAUGUCACAGGCCAAAUUACUGCUCAUAAGGAAUCGUUGCACACUUAUAAUUAAUGAAGAGCACAGCAGGGAAGGAUAGGCAAUAAAAAAUAUAAUGAUCAAAAACUAAAUAAACUCCCAAUCCUAGUCCCAUGAAGGAACUAUGCAUUAGACCAUAGCAUAUUACGUUAAUUUAACUUUCCAAGUAUAGCAUCCAAGUAUUCAUAAUUAUUUUUCUUGUGACUUUUACCCAGCAACUGCGCUGCAUUCUGGCCAGCUUUCAAAUGGUAUGGACUAUAACAAUGAUGAACAUUUCUUAAAUAAAUAAUAUGUUAACUUCA